AUGCGCAGAGAUCGCACCUCCCUCUUCUUGCUGCUGACCCUUGGUGGUGCUGCAGCAGCUGCUGCUGCAGCAACAGCAGCAGCAGCAGCACCACCACCACCUGAUGGAGUUCCUGCAGCAGGGAAGCGUAUAAAUAAGGUGACGGGGAUUUUCUCCUUGGGGGGAGCAAACAGGGGGGGAGGAGACGAUCCUGCUGCUGCUGCUCCCGGCUCCAGCAGCAGCAGCAAUGUAUGGAGACAGCAGCAGCAGCAGCAGCAGCAGCAGCACCAGGAUUUGCAAGAACAACUACAGCAACAGGCUGAUCUACAACAGCAGCAGAAGCUGCAGCAUCAGGAACAGGAUUUACCUUUACAGCAGCAGCAGCAGCAGCAGGUGCAGCAGCAGCAGGAGCUGCUGCAGAAGCGUCGCAGGAUUCUAUAUAGAGAGUACCGUGGUGCAUUAAUCCUUGCUGCUUCUCUUGCUGUGCUGCUGCUGCUGCUGCGCUGCUUCCAUGUAUUAUAUAUAUAUAAUAAACAAGGAGUAAGACUACUGUCUCCUUUGUCUCCUCUUAGAGGUAUAAAUAAGAGACAAUUAGCAGAAAAAUAUCCAUGCGAUCCUUCUCUCCCUGUUGUGACAGAAGGAGACGUAUCCCCUCCAUCUACUCCUCCUAUAGCUACUUCUUCUCCUAUUGGGGGCCCCCAUGGGGGGCCCCAUCAUCAUGGGGCCCCUUAUGGGGCCCCACUUGGGGGAGGAGAGACAGACCCCUUUGAAUGGCCCCCUGCACCCACACCCGAUGACCUUGCUGCUGUUGCAGGGCCUCAGGGGCCCCCAGUACCAGUACCCUCUUCAGCAGCCUCGUCAGUACCCUCUCCAGUACCCUCUCAGCCGUCUGCUGCUGCACAGGCGUCGCAGCUCCAGGGGCCCAAACCCUUGGGGGGCCCCUCUGCUGGUAAGAAGGUGCAGGGUACUGUUGAAUGGGGAGGUAACCCUUACUAUACAGGGCCCACUUCUCAUCCGCCGUACCCACCUGGAGAGAGACCGCGCCCUCUUUCCGGGCCCCCUUAUGCAAGCAUAGGGGCCCCUUCUGGUGCAGGCUCAGGGGCCCCUUCUGGUGCAGGAAUAGGGGCCCCUUCUGGUGCAGCUAGGGGGGCCCCUGUUGCAGGUUCAGGGCGCCCUGGUUCAACUAUAGGGGCCCCUACAGCCGUUGUGUGGGGCCCAUUUAAUGGCAAGCGUGAGGGUCCAACGGGGCCCCCUGCUGCAGGUAUGGGGGCCCCUGAACCAUCAGGUACGGGUGCCGCAGGUCCAUCAUCUAGUGGGGGCCCUGGUACAGUACCAUGGGGUAAUAACCUACCUUACAUGGAGGCAACAGGAGGAACUACGGGGCCCCCCUCAAGUGGUGCAAGUUGGGUACAAGACCCAUAUUCGGGGGCCCCUGGAGGUGGAGGUGCAGCAGAGGGCCCAUUUUCUGCUGCUUCUCCUCCUGAUCCUUUUCCUGAUGGUCGUCCUCCUGACCCUAAGAAGCAAGAGAAGAAGAAAAGGCGCCAGGAGAAGAUGUCCCUCAAGACACAAUUAGGUAGUAUAUUCGGCGGACCCAAGAGAGGGAUUGAUAACCUAAGGAGGAGGUUCUCUUCUCCCUCCCCUCCUUGGAGUCCCCUAGGAGGGCACACUCCCUUUUGGCGCCCCCGUGGGGGUCACCAUCAUGGGGGCCACCAUCAUGGGGGUCACCAUGGUGAGGGCCGACCCCAUCAAGGGGGCCCCCAUGGUGAGGGCCCCCAUCAAGGGGGCCCCUCAGGGUCCCCGUGGCCCCCUGUCCAUUGGCCACCUACUGAGGGUGGGGAAUUGGCGUAUGGACCAUCAGGGCCUGUAUCUCCAUUACCAUCAGCAGCACAAGCAGCAUCAUCAGCAGCAGCAGCAGGUGCAGCAACAGCAGCAAUGUUAGAUGACAUAGGAGGAGAUAAAUCAACAAAAAAAAAGCACAGGACUUGGACAAGCAAGCUAGGGGACAGUCUAGGGUUCAGUACAGGGAGAGGAAAGAGCCGUCCCUUGUCUGUUAUCUUUGAUCCUGAUUUCUGGCGAAAAAAGGCACAAGAAGGAGACGCAGUAGUAGGAGGAACAGCAGCAGGAGCAAGAGCUAGGAAGGGGGCAGGAAAACGAGCUCCUACAUUCCCUGAACAAACAACUCAGUCUACGAGGCUCAGCAGCAGCAGCAGCAGCAGCAACGGCAGCGAGGAUGGGCUAAGGACGAAGGUAAGAUUUGCUGACGAAGUAGGUAGUGGUACAGGAAAAGGGAAACAAAAGAAGUCUUCUCCUGCUACAGCAGAAGAAGCAGCAGCUGCUGCUGCUGCUGCUGAUCCUGCUAGUGGCAUGGGUAUGCUAAGCUUGUACGAUCCGUCCACGGGUCCAACACACCCUGUUGCAGCAGCACUAGAUGCAGCAGCAGCAGCAGCAGCAGCAGCAGCAGCAGCAGCAGCAGCAGCAGACCCUAAUGAUCCGUAUAAACCAUUAACGUGGAAGGCAUUCGAUGAACAAAGAGCAGGCAGUGUUGCUGCCUGGUUGCUUAAGUCCCCUGCCCCCCCGAAGGUGCCUCAGCAGCAGCUGCUGCAGCUGCAGAUGCAGCAGCAGCAGCAGCAGCUAAGGCAGCAGCAGCAACAACAACAGCAGCAGCAGGAGGAGGAGGAAAAAAAGAAAAAGAAGAAAAAAGGCAAAAAGUAG